UCAGGUCUGUGCAAACCGAUACCGCAACAGUUGGCAGAAACGGGUAUAAAAACAUCGAUGCCGAUGCUCCAGAAGACAGUUCACUUCCAGCUUUGCAAGAACAACAGUCAUGGAUACUAAAGCGCGAUCUGUUCUUUUCCUAGUGUGCCUCGUAUUGGCCACUGUACAGGCAGAAACCAGCCGCGAAAAACGAUCACCGGAUGGACACGGACAUCACGAUCAUCACGACCACGAUCACAGUCAGCCAUCAUCUUUGUACAACCCUCAACCGGCUGUUCCUUCCUUUGACUUUCCUAAGGGUCCCCCUGAAUACGAAGCCCAAGCAGCACCCUACUUCAACUUUCCAGCUUCUGAAUAUAGCCCUCCUGCAUACAGUCCUCCUGCAUAUAGUCCUCCUGCAUAUAGUCCUCCUGCUCCUGAAUACAAUCCACCUGCUCCCCAAUACUCUCCACCUGCUCCUCAAACAUAUCCUGUUCAAACUUCACCGUCUUACGAUCCUCCUGCGCCUCAGUAUCCAGCUCCUGCUUACAGCGCUCCAGCUCCUUAUACUCCAUCUUAUGAAGCCCCUCAACAGUCGUACGAAGCUCCUCAACAAUCGUAUGAAGCUCCACAAGAGGUGUAUGAAGCCCCUCAACAUUCCUAUGGAGCCCCUAAAGCCAAGAAACCAAAGGGCAGUUAUGGUGCUCCAAAAGCCACCAAAGCCCCAAAGGUGAAAGGACCUAAGGCUGGAUAUGGUGCCCCAAAGGCUACUAAGAAGCCCAAGUCCAGCUAUGGACCUCCUCAGAAAGCUUACGGUGCCCCUCAACAGUCGUAUGCAGCCCCAGCACCGUCUUACCAAGCUCCUGCCUACCAAGCCCCGGCUCCUGCCUACCAAGCCCCGGCUCCUGCCUACCAAGCUCCAGCUCCUGCUCCUGUGUACAGCCAACCGGCCUAUUCUCCACAUGCCCGCGUCCAUCAAGAACUGUAUGGUUACUAACUAAAAUGUGAUUUCACUGGCUGAUUCACAUACUAUUAUUGCUUUUUAACCCUUGAAGUCUUUUCCUACUCUAUAGUAUAUCAAACAUUGUCGUA